AUGUUAAGAGCCUCGCCACAGAGGCUGCUGGCCAGGAGAGGGAGCCAUGCGCAGCAGCGCAGCAGGGGGCAAGCAUGCAGAGCCAGCAGCGGGGGCAGUCCCAGCACAUAUAUUGGCAGCCUCAGCUCGCAGGGCCUCAAAUUCGGCAUCGUGGCAGCGCGCUUCAAUGAGCUCGUCACCAAGCCGCUGCUGGAGGGCGUGCUUGAGGGCCUGGAGAGGCACGGCACGCAGCGUGAGACCGUGGAUGUGGCCUGGGUUCCAGGCAGCUUCGAGCUGCCGCUGGUUGCCAAGGCCAUGGCCAAGAGCGGCCAGUACGACGCCGUCAUCACUGUUGGGGCUGUGGUGAGGGGCGCUACGGCGCACUUUGACGCGGUGGUGAGCGGGGCUACGGGCGGCGUGCUGAAUGCGGGUCUGGACAGCGGCGUUCCCGUAAUCUUCUGUGUCAUGACCACCGACACCAUGGAGCAGGCAAGUGCAGCAUUCGAUGCUGCGUUGGAUAGAGCGGGAGGGAAGUCUGGCAACAAGGGGUUCGAGGCGGCUGUGACUGCAAUCGAGACAGCUAAUGUCCUCAAGGCCCUUGGCCAGCAGGGGCUUGCAAAGGGGAGGGAAGCGUGGUAA